AUGGCCUUCCUCGAAAUGGAGGACACGCUGGUGGAGCUCGACUUCUUCCAGGAGAGCUUCCCUUCAGAGCAGAAGUCCGGUGAGUUCCUGCUGGAGUUCAAUGAUGAGGAGAUCCUGCACGUGGACUGGGCCCAGAAGCAGAACAUCUGGAGGCUGCCGGACUUCCAGCGCUUCACCGACUUUGAGGUGCAGGGGGCCCUGGCCAACAUUGCCGUCAUGAAGAACAACAUGCAGGUCCUCAUCCAGCGCAGCAACCGCACCUGUGCCCAGAACGUGGCUCCUUCGACAACCGUGUACCCAGAAGACCCCGUGGAACUGGGGGACCCCAACGUCCUCAUCUGCUUCGUGGACCGCUUCUCUCUCCCGGUGCUGAACAUCACCUGGCUGAAGAACAACGAGGUGGUCUCGCAGGGCAUGAAGGAGACGGACUUCUACCCCAGCGUGGACAACACCUUCCGCAAGUUCUCCUACCUCCCUUUCAUCCCGGAGCAGGGGGACUUCUACGUCUGCCAAGUGGAGCACUGGGGAUUCCCCGAGGGGAGGACGGAGAAAAUCUGGCAUUCCAAGGCUCCAUCUCCCAUCCCUGAGACAAUGGAGAACGUGCUCUGUGCCCUGGGCUUGGCUGUUGGCAUUCUGGGCAUCGUCGCUGGCACCAUCCUCUUCUUCAAGGCCAUGAGGAUGAACGAGGGCAGCGUUCGCAGGGGCCGCAGAUGAUCCAGGGGCAGAGGGCCGCUUCCCUUCUUGGCAGCCGCUUCCAAAGGCCCCUGGUCUCAUGGCCUCCCCCAAGACUUUCUGCUCCCCCAAAUCAGUUGGAAGAAUCUGCUACAGGGUCCCUCUCUGGCUCACUUGGCCAGCUCUGCAAACUUUUCUUUCCUGACAUCCGUAAGACCUAGAAAGUUAUG